AUGAAUAGAAUCCUCACCUCGGCUCCUCCACAGCCACCACCGUCACUCCCACCUUUAAUCCACGUAUCUCAACAACAACAACAACAAACCCCUUCUGAGCAACAAAUCUACAAUCCUCAACAGCCUCCCGCAAUUGUUGUUCAGCCCUCUGCAACAACAUCCACAACAACAACAAACCCUCCAGCAAAAAAACAAAGUCAGCGCAAGAAAAAAGAUCAGCAGCAGCAGCAGCAGCAGCAGCAACAACAACAAAUUGUUCCACCUCCAUCCACAACAACAUCUUCUUCAACAAUAACGGAUUCAAUAUCUUUUGCUCCUUCUUCAUCAACUACAAACUCUUCAAAUAGCAAUAAUACAUCAUCAUCAACUACUACCGCUACUAAUACUAAUCCUACCACCACCACCACCACCAACGCUAGUAAAGCCCCAGAGAAAAAAGCUAAACGUUACCGAUGCUGCUACUGUGACCGCGCAUUUUCUCGCUCAGAACACCGCUCACGUCAUGAACGCUCCCACACUAAAGAGCGACCCUUCCAUUGCCAAAAGUGUCCAUCUACUUUUGUCCGCAGAGAUUUACUUUUGCGCCAUGACCGAACAGUUCAUGCUAAAGCAAACAAAACAGCUGCUAUUACCACAACUACAACAAAUGAAGACGAUAACUCUAAAGAACAAAAGAAGCUUAUGUUGGAUAUUGGACACACUGGGAAAUCAGUAUUAACAACAUCAGCAUCAGCAGCAGCAGCAAUAGCUCAAGGAGAGGCUCUUAUGCGUGCGGCUCAGAACACUCAACAUUGUCCAGUCAAACCCGUCAGUACACAAACAUCACCAUCACCAUCACCAUCUUCUCCUUCAUCUUCAAACCCCAUCAAACAAUCUGUAUCUUCUUCAUCCAAACCUUUCAAGCUAUCGUCUGCAUCAUCUCCACUUCAACCUGCUUAUUCUCUUGCUUCAUCCCCUCAAAUCCUCCCCAAACCUGAAUCAAAACUUCCUUCACCAGCCCCUUCUCCAACAAACUCUCCUCUCCCCCCCACCCUCAUUUCAACUUCAACACCUCCUGUUCCUUCCCAACCCCACUCAAAAGCUUCUUCACCUAGACACUCUCCACGCAAUAACAACAAUAACCAGCCGCUCCUUGCAUCUGCUGUUCCUUCGCCUGCAGUCUCUACCGCUGCAACUCCUUCACCGCAACAACCUGUUGCACUUUUGGCUGCUGCUGCUGCUGUUUCUUCUUCUUCUUCUUCUUCUUCUUCUUCCUCUUCUUUAACAACACCUCCUCUCAAUGGCUCUUCUUUCCCACAGACGGAUCCUUCGGCAUCCUCUUCUCCGCGGAAACCUCAGUCUCCUUCCAUCUCAAGCCUCUUGAAUGCCGCAGCCGCUGCUGCUUCUGCUUCUGCAACCUCUUCUUCUUCUCCCAUCACUUCCCCCCACGCUCAUUCUGUAUCAAUACAAUCCUCUGGUUCUUUCUCACGCCCGGUGCAGGCCACCGCGCUUACUUCUUCUUCAAAAGUUACCUCAAACGACGAUCUCUCGGCUGCUUUGCUUAUUACAGAACUUCACCAUUCUCUUACAAAACGCCGUAGACAACCAAAUGACUCUGGAUCUGGCACAGGUACAGGCACAGGCACCCCCACAACACAACUACCGCCGCUCGGCCCGAAUUCCCGGCAUACUUCUGCCUCUGACGCCGCACGUAAAACCCGUCCAUCUCCGUCUCCACCGCCGCAACAACAAAAACAGUCUGACUCGCAUCUUCAAGAACCCGAAACACCUAAACGCCUCAAGCUCAACACUUCGGGAGCUUAUGCACUCCCGGAACCCGCGUUUCUUCAACGCCAACGUGUUCCGGCCUCUCCUCCCCAUUUCCACCAUCAAAACAAACACAACAACAAUAGCAACUAUCAUCGCACGUGUUCAUUGUCAUCUUUUGACCCUUCCAAACAUGACAACUUCCCCCGUCAUCUCUGCACAGGUUCUGAGCCAUCUUCAAUGCGUUCUUCUUCAUCUCCAUCUUCCUCCUCCUCCUCAUCUUCACCUAACGUAGGCUUAGACCUUAAUCCCGCUGCUGCUGCUGCUUCUGCUGCCUCUGCUGCCUCGUACCCCUCUGGUGUUUACGUCCCUCAAUUCCAUUCAUCUUUCCCACAUACAACUCUCCUCAAACACUUUUUCAAUGCCACGGCCAUUGAAUCAGGGUCCUCGCAACAACAACAUCAACAACAACACUCUUCUCUGCCAACUUCCCCGGACCCUGCAACAGCUUCCUUGGCAACAACACCCUACCCCACAUUAUGCACACGAGUUAGCAGACAUCCUUCCCGCCUUCAGCUCAACCGGUACCUAGCCGUCUUUUUCCUCUACUACCACCCACAGAUCCCGUUCCUACACCCACGCACCUUUGAUACUACUGGGUCUGCUUCGCCGGGCCUAUUAUUUGCCGUCGCUUCUCUUGGAGCUUUGGCUUCCCGUGAAACAACAAUGGCUGGUCUUCUUCAACGUGCUGCCAGAGCCGCUCUCUUGCCAACCCUCAACAACCACAGACCCCCCCACGACCCUGCAGCUGAUUUGUGCUCUCUCCAAACCCUUAUCCUUACAACCAUCUAUGCACUCUGGGGGGUCCCAGACCAUGCAGAACUCGAGUACAUUUCACGUGUACGCCCAAUUUUGACUCGGCUUGCACGCUCUACUCUUGAAACACACCAACCAAUGAACCCAGGCUCUUGGGCUGAGUUUCUUGCCACGGAACUUGCUUCGCGAGCCUUUUUCGCUACUUUUAUCAUUUUUGCAAGUCUCACUACAGUCUUGGACCUCCCGGCUCCUAUCAAUACCGCAGAGCUCCCUCUUAGCCUUGCACUCCCAUGUUCAGAGCCCCUUUGGAACGCUGUCGACGUAAACACUGCCCCUGCUGGCGAACGAUUCCCUCCAGCACGUGUCACGGUCGGCCAGGGACUCGAUGCUUUGUACCACGGCCACACUGGUGACUCAUUUGCCCAGCUUCACGUUGCUCCUUUUGGAGUCCGUGUUCUAGCAUCUGCUCUUAUUAACGAUACUUGCGAACUCAUGUCGUCGUCCGCAGCUACCUCUACUUCGCUCUCCGUUGCAGCCUCUAAGGUCUUUGCUUCAGAACGUAAACGUCUACUCACUGCUUUAUCGUCGCUUGAAAAUGGAGGGUUUGAUACCCACCCGGGUCAAAGCCAGCUUGCUUCUCAAAUCUUGCUCAAUUCGUUGCCCAUUGCUCUGGGUAAUGUUAUGGGUAAUGUUCUUAUGCAGCCUUAUGCCUCUACACCUGGGAACAAUAAUAAUGGAUCCUCCUCCAUGGCUGCAAUGCCUUCAAGCAGCAAUGGAAGUGUUCCUAGAAAAUCACCCUUUCUGACCAUGGUCAACCGGCGCCAACACCCGCUCGUGGUUACUGCUUACGUUCUGCAGCUCCAGAACCGCGUGCGACUCACUGCAGAUGUCCCUGCAAUUCGUGACGCGGCCAGGGCUGGUGAAUCUGCAGCCGGGAUUGCGACUGCCGCACGUACAGAUCUGGACCGCAUGUUGAGUGAGGGCCGGCUACAGGGCCGUGAGGUGCGUUCUCUGGCUCGUCGGUGCUUUGAUGUGUUUCGUGUAUUGUGCACUACUGGUGCGCCCUUGGGAUCUGCGCUUGCAGCGUCUCCUUUGGCUGCCAUUGCGCCUGACAUGCUGUGGUCAUUUUUCGAGUUUGAAUUGGUGGUUGUGAUGUGGGUUGCGCGGUACGAACGUGAACGGGGAUGUUGCGGAGGUGGUAACGAAACUACUGGCAUCCACAGUCCAGGCAAACGUACUGCUGCGGACCCGGAGAAUGAUGAAGCGGACGAUGCAUUGUACGAUGCCAUUGAGGCACUGGUUGUUGAUGCUGGGCUUGAAAAAUCACAAGGAUGCUUGGCACUCACUCUAGCACUCAUUGCUGCAGACUCGUUCCCGAGCUUUGCACUUUCUGGGCUCUCUGCGGCUUUGGGUGGAGCCAUGCGUGCUUUGGCUGCUCACCUGCAGCCUCGUCAAGCGUUUAUCGAAAGGUCAUCCAAGUCACCUGUCAUGGGAUCCGAACAGGAGCAGGAGCAGGAGCAGGAGCAGGAGCAGGAGCGGAAGCAGCAACUUAAGCCUCAGGAACAAGAGCAGCAGGCGAAUUAUGUUUCCAAAAAUGGGGCUUCAGCUAGCAAUGCAUCACACGCUCCUUACUACUUCCCUCUUGAAGUACCUCCAAAUUCUGUGAAGCCAUCGCUUUCUUCAGGCACCACGAAUGGAGGUUCUCUCGGGUGUGGUCCUGACUGUGGUUCAAACCAAGCUUCUGGGUCUUUUGUUGCGGUUCCUCCUCAACACCAGUACCAGUACCAAAAUCAGCCCCAGCCUCAGCCUCAGCAUCAGCACCAGCACCAGCACCAACACCAGCACCAGCACCAGAACCAGCACCAGCACCAGAACCAGCACCAGCACCAGCACCAGCAUCAGCAUCAGCAUCAGCAUCAGCAUCAGCCUCAGCCUCAGCAGAAUUCACAAAACAAAAACGCACUCCCGACAUUAUCCUUUAUGUUGCGCUCUGAGGGCGCGCAGCCUGCCACUCCUUCACAACAACACCACACGGGAUUUGCUCAUUAUGGUGGUGUUGCAUACCCGGCGCACACGUCCCAUGAGUACUUUCGCGGGAAUACAGGUGUUUAUCCACAAGGCCAUCAUUAUUCUCAUCACAAUAAUCACAAUAAUCAAAAUAAUCAAAAUAGUCACAAUAGUCACAAUAAUCAUCAUCUUCACACAACAACUAGUGACCGGUUACCACCACCACCAUCACCCGUCUUGUCUUCUUCUUCCUCUUCUUCAAAUACGCCUACUACGUUUCCUUCCAUGAUGCGCAGAGCGCCAUCUGUUUCGGAUCUUUUGGAACCUUAA